CCCCCCCCUCCCCCCCCCGAGGCUCAAUUGGCUGCUGACAUUGCUGUGGCCACCGAGCAGGACGAGGACGGGGACACGCCCCUCCACAUCGCAGUAGCUCAGGGCUCCCUGGGCCUCGUCCGUCACCUUGUGUCCCUGUUCCUGCGGGGGGGCAAGGACCUGGAUGUGCAGAACCGGCUGCGGCAGACCCCCCUGCACGUCGCCAUCUUGGCGUCGCAGCCGGCGCUGGUGCGGCUGCUGGUGGCGCACGGCGCAUGCGCGAUGGCGCGGGACCGGCGCGGCCGCACGGGGGCGCACUUGGCAUGCGCGGCCGGCGGCGCAGGCGUACUGAGGGAGCUGCUCCGGGGGGGGCCAGACCUCCACGUGACCGACUAUGAGGGUCUGACCCCCCUGCACCUCGCGGUGCAUUCUGGGUGCCGGGAGAGUGUGGAGCUGCUGCUGGAGCAUGGGGCUGAUGUGGAUGCAGUGGACAUCAAGAGUGGUCGCUCCCCAUUGCAACAUGCAGUGGAGAACAACAGCCUGGACAUGGUGGAGCUGCUCAUUCAGCGCGGCGCUGACGUCAACGCGCAGUCGUACGCGGGCUGCACGGCCCUGCACGCGGCGGCGGCGCGCGGCCUGCAGGGGGCGCUGAGGCUGCUGCUGCGGGGGGGGGGCGACCACCGCAACCAGCGCCCCCUGGCGGUGGCCAAUGACCAGCAGGUAUAUGGGGGUCUAUGA